AAUUUUUACAGUCAUUCAAGGCAUUUCACGUUAGGAAAGAGUAUACAAAUUUGCACGUAAUGCCAUUCAGAUCAAUAGGAUGUUGUUCAAUCUACAUAAGUCAAAAGACUCCCAGAGUAAUCCAAAAGUAUGUGGUGUUACGCUUGUUCGAAGGCCAAAAACCAGUUAUGGUCCGUUCGAGGGCAUUAAAAUUUCUUUCGAUAGAGAACGACAGACCAUGUCAAGAACUGGCCGACUAAAAGCGCUUUCGGGCUGGAUUCGGCAAUGCCUACAUGUUUUGUCGAGUAAAGAAAUUUUCUGUCUUUGAAACCUCACUGUUGGACACCCCAAAUCCUGCCCCGCCCUUCAUUCAAUAGAACAUUACACACAGUUUCCAGUUUCGUCAUGGCGGAGCAAGUUGAACAUACCCUCGCUGCGCAUAAACGCAACAAAGUGGCAGCAGAAGAUCCUGACGCCAUUCAAUCUGCCCUGGACAACGACAUCUAUGGCGAAGAUACCGACAUCAGGGAUCAACAGCGCAUCAAGAAGAUUGCCGCAGAAGGAGAUGCUCAUUUUCAUCGUUUAGGAUGGAAGCGACUCGCAGUCGUUACUAUCGUAGAGGCGAUUGCUCUCGGAGCCCUCAGUCUACCUUCUGCAUAUCACACCAUUGGCAUGGUUCCUGGUGUUCUCUUGACAGUAGGAUUAGGGAGUGUGUCCAUAUUCACCAGUUACAUCAUCGGUCAAGUCAAAUUGGCAUAUCCCGAUAUUUCUCAUUAUGCUGAUGCUGGACGCUUGUUGUUCGGUCGCAUUGGAUAUGAGAUUUUUGGAGCUGCCCUGCUCCUGGAACUCGUCAUGGUUGUUGGAUCACACGCAUUGACUGGAAGUAUUGCACUCAUCGAUAUCAAUGGCGGACACGUAUGUUCUAUCGUUUUCUCCGCGGUAUCAGCCAUAAUCCUUCUGAUCCUCGCCAUACCGCCUUCCUUUUCUGAGGUCGCAAUUCUGGGAUACAUUGACUUCGCUUCGAUUGUGCUUGCCAUUGGAAUUACCGUCAUCGCGACAGGCGUUCAGGCAACUGAUUCGUCGGGUGGACUGUCUGGAGUUGACUGGUCUGCAUGGCCCAAGGAGGGUGUCACAUUCUCAGAAGCUUUCGUCGCGGUGAGCAACAUUAUAUUCGCAUUCAGCUUCGCCAUUGGUCAAUUCUCCUUCAUGGACGAGAUGCAUACGCCAACAGAUUAUAUGAAGUCCAUCUGGGCAUCUGGAUUCAUUCAGAUCACGAUAUACACCCUAACCGGCGCAUUAUGCUACGCUUUUAUCGGAUCCUCCGUUCAGUCACCAGCACUUCUGUCGGCUGGUCCACUGGUUUCAAAGGUCGCAUUUGGCAUUGCCUUGCCUGUUAUCUUCAUCUCUGGAUCCAUCAACACAACUGUCGCUCUCCGCUACCUUCACGGUCGUAUGUUUAAGAACUCCAUUCUGCGCUUUAUUAAUACAUUCGCUGGAUGGACCUCUUGGAUUGUACUUGUUGUGAUUUUCACCAUCAUUGCGUGGGUCAUUGCUGAGGCAAUCCCAAUCUUUUCAGACUUGCUGUCCCUGGCUUCUGCAUUGUUUGUUUCUGGAUUCUCUUUCUGGAUUCCCGCCAUCAUGUGGUUUAAAUUGCUCCGGAAGGGCAGCUGGUAUUCGAAGAAGAACCUGAUCAUGAGCAUGGGAUGUCUUUUGGCACUUAUCAUUGGAUUGGUCACACUCGGAGCAGGUACCUAUGCUACUAUUAAGGACAUCAUCAAGGAAACUUCGCAAGGAACGGCCCAUAAGCCUUUUACUUGCCGGUCUACUACGACUUAAGGUGAAAUUCAGCUCAGGAUCGACAUGUCUAUAAUGGUACAUCGUUUAUUGGAAUGGCCAUACCAGAUGAUUCAGAACAUGUAAUAUAGAAAUCCCUUUUCUAGGGAAUGUUUGUCGAGAACGCAAGAAUAUAUAGAGAAAGGAGCGUAAUACAACGAGUUUAUAUCUUGAUACAAUUUCA